AUGACAGUGCCACAGCCGAUACCUGCGACAAAGGCUACGCUGGAAAGCAACGAGUCUUAUGGCACUAAGCGGAACAUAACACCUGCAGCUUUUGGCGAAGAAGAAGGGAGGUCUAAAACGAAGACAUGUCUGCUUGUGAAUCAUUCUUCAAAAGUACUGAAUUUCGGCACAGCUGCCGAGAGAGACUAUCUCAAAGCAGUGGAGGAUGGUAGUUCAGAAAAUCUACAUUGUUUUACCCACUACAAAAUGCAGUUGUUCAAUCCGCGCGAGGAAAAUCCUGAAGCAGUAGCAUUGGAUGAACAUUUCCGGUUACCCGUCCGAACUUUUGUUGUGAAAAGCAACGAGUACCUGAAAGAUUUCUCACUGAAAAUCAUACAGAAUCAGACAUCCCUGUGUCUCCAGCCGGCGGAUGUGCAGUGGGUUCUUACAAUUCCUGCUAUAUGGUCGGAUGGAGCCAAAACCUCCAUGCGCAAGGCUGCAGUGGAUGCGGGGUUGAUAUCAAACGUGGAAGAUACUCAUCUGCUUCUAGCAUAUGAGCCAGCAAGUGUGCAAUUACCGAAUUAUAUUUUGGAAGCAGCUGUAUUGAAAAAAGAAAUCAGAUAUUUAGUACUGGACUGCGGGGGUGGUACAGUGGACGUAGCGGCCUACAACGUUUACGCAGAGAAACCCGUUGAACUUGCCUAUGAUCGCUUCAAGGCAGUUCACCCGUUUGAGCACCUGAAUAUAACGCGCCAGUUUGUUCUCGGUAAGGAGGCCCGAAAGUUCGAUGACUUUCAGAUCAAUGUGAUAUACUUGGUUGAGUUCGAUCCCCAUUUAGAUCUGCAGGCCCUCAAAAAGGCUUACAAUCGAAAGCAUACCAACCAUGUCACACCCAAGGGAGACUAUCGUUUGGUCAUAUUUCAAAAGCUGGCAGAGAGUUUCUUUGAACAGUCAAUUCGAGCAAUCAUUGCUCACAUUCAGCUGCUAUUGAAGAAUGACAAACUACUUGGGCUGAAGUAUGUGCUGCUUGCAGGAGGCUACUCUACUGCCACAAUCCUUCGAGAUCGUCUUGAGCAGCUAUUCGCCUCUAUGCCGACCCAAGUUGUUCACCCUAAGACCCAGUUACCGCCGUGGUGGUUGGUGCCCUGUUCUUUGGACGGAAUCCCUGUGGUACAGUCAAAGAGCGAGUUGUUGCAAUGGGCUAUGGAAUAUCCUGCCCACAUGCUGGAGUAUGAUCACAUUUUGGACAAAAUGGAGGCGCACGACACCAACACUCCGUUUGUUAAAAGACACCAAACAGUGAAAGUAGAAAAGACGGUCACGCAUAAAAACUUUUGUCCGCUUUAUCCAGGACAGAAGGAAGUUGAAUUUGAAAUUUGGGCCUGUCUUAGCGAUAAGCCCCCGAUAUCAGUGAAAGAUCCAACGAUGAAGAAAGUCGGGUUGGUGCGGGUCGAAUGUAGCGACGACGAAAGUGUUGAUGUCGAAUUCUACUUCGGGAUGACGAAUAUAACGAUCACGGCACCCAAUCCGGCCACUGGCGCUACACAAAACACAGCAAUUGAGAUGCCACUGGCGUAG